CACAGCGUUGAGUCAACGUUGCAUCUGAGAGGCUGAGGCAGCGGCAUCCCCGAUCUGCUGUAGCGAGACAGAUGAGAUGACAUAGCGACUGGACCAGCUAACGUUGCCUUGACACCUGGAUUAGGAUCGUGGCAUUUCCCUCCCGUCUGUUUGCCGUGUUUUAAUUAGCUAUUUGCUUAAACUGGCUAGAUCGCAGGCUAGUCACCAAUGCUCUCAGUGAAGUGCCCUAGAUGUCGAUCUAACUUGCUGCAAGCUAGCGUUAGCUCGCUGCUGCUACCCUUCAGACAUUGAAGUGGCCACAUAAACAUGCGGAUCAUCGAGGCGGAGACCCCUGGGACAUCUCUAACGUCAAACGCUUUCUGCAGGACACGAGUUUCGACUGGCCCCUUACUGGACUCUGUAGUCUCUGUAGAGGAGAAAGAGUGACAGAUCUCAAGGACCAGAUUGCCCACUGAACUUUUUGCCUCUCAGACAGAUCGCCAGGGACCAUGCUGACUAUCUUAGCUGCUGGGUCUAUGUUCUUUCCAGGCCUUUUCCUACUGUCCAAACAAUGCCUGAAGUCAAUUCCAGCACUGAGGUGGAGCGAAGGAGAUGCAGUCAUAGUAUCUGCCAGGUUGGUGUCGUCAGUUCAGGCAGUCAUGGCUUCUUCAGCUGGCUACAUCAUUGCUUCUUCCUGCGAGGACAUCAUCGAGGACCAGCAUUGGCUGACUAGUGCUUACAUCUUGUUUGCUGUUCCCUACUUUGUGUAUGACAUCUACGCAAUGUUCAUGUGCUACUGGUACAAGCUACGGGUCAAAGGACACGAGGAGGCCUUGGCAGCACCCCAGCACAUGAGAUCAGCACUGACCAGCUACUUGCGUCGCGAGUUCCUCAUGGUGCUGCACCAUGUUGUCAUGGUCACCGUCUGCUUCCCCGUCUCUGUGUUUUGGCGACAAGGAAAGGGAGAUUAUUUCCAGGGUAUAAUGUUCAUGGCUGAGCUGAGCACUCCAUCUGUCUGCUUAGGAAAAAUACUCAUCCAGUACAAACAGCAACACACUCUCCUGCACAAAGUGAAUGGGGCUCUUAUGCUGAUCACUUUUUUCAUCUGUCGAGUCCUCCUCUUCCCUUACCUCUACUACGUCUAUGGAAGGUACGCGUCCAUUCCUUUCCACAUGGUUCCCCUGUCGGUGCCCUGGCACUGUAACCUCGGUGCUGCUCUGCUCAUGGCCCCCCAGCUCUAUUGGUUUUCCCUAAUUUGCAGGGGCGCCCUGCGACUAUUCAUGGGCUCCUCCCGCUCUCAGAGACCACGUGCGAGCAAAGCCGCAACCAAGGAGCGGCAGACGGAUGGCAACGCACUGCCCCAGCCUUCCAAUGGCUACAGCGCGCGCUCCACAGAGCCCGAGCUGGCCACUCACUGAGAAGAGUGGAGGGGUGUGGGGAGGGAAGGAAGGCGAAUGUACCAAUGAGUAUGUAAAGGAAAGAAAGCUGUGAGGGAAAAGUGAGACUUGUAAAAAGUAGCAAUAGAAGAAGAAAGCUACAGAUGAUGGCCUCAAAUAGUGCUGAAGUGUUUGUAGCCAGCAAUCAAACUCUAACCGCUGAAUGAUUUGGUUGCUGGCCUUCAAGUACUUCAGCUUCUCAGUUUGUAGGAAACAAUGGAGUGUUAGUGCACUCAGUAUUUAAAAGAUGUCAUCAGGCACUGUGACAGAUAGGAACAUGUACUGACCUGAGAGGAUUUUGCCUGGAUGUAUAGCAAGCAUAGGUGGCUAUUUCCCUCAUGUAGAUCAAAUUCAGUCCUCUCUGCCUCACGGUAUUCGAAGAGCAGGAAAAUAGGAAUGUAUUAUAUUGUAUGUUAGUACAUUUGCUGUAGAUGGAAGGCCUAAUUCAGUUUAGUAAUGGAGAAGACCUUCAAAAAAAAAAUCCUGGCUAAGCAGUAUUUUGACUUGUUAGUGUUUAUUAUCUGUAUCCUCUAUGUAGUCACUCUCACUCUAACAAAAUUUAAUCAACCUGCAGACUGAUUUACCUUUUAGAAGGGAGAUGAUCUCAUAAGACUGUAUUCUGCUGCCUUAUCCUUUUCCCCAUUCUUUGCAGUUUCUUUACAUUUUUAUUUAUUUUUACCCUAAGAGGAGAAGGACGAGACUUCCUCAGACAAAUGUGAUGGGUGUACAUAGCCAAUGUAAAAUUGUCCUUAUUUCCAUGUCAGUAUUAGGUCAAUGUUGAUUUUUCUUUUUUCUUUUUUAGGUUUUGUCUCAUUUCCUCAUCUGAUGUUUCUACAGACAUUUUUGAACAAUGACAUUUCAGCAUUACAACAAAACAUUUCAGUUUUACAGCUUAGUGUACGCAAACUACCCCCAAACGUUAUGGUAGUGCUUCUCGUUUCAGUGUAGAUAUGAUCUCAUUCCAUUUACUGGUAUCACGAAGUGUUUUUUGCAUACAAGAAAGUGAUGCACGGUAGCAGUCACUUUAAAAUGAAUUUACGUGUUUGUUUGUUUUUUAGUUUGGUGCUGAUGUAAAUCUCAAAGUAUCCAUUUGAUUGGCUGUAAUAUUUCACUAAGGGAUCCAGGAGAUUUGAGUAUUUAUAGCUUUGUUAGGGGACUUCUUAUGUUGCAGUUUGAAGGGAGACAAAAGUGAAACAUAAUCCAGUAAGGGAAGCAUUCCCUUGUGAUUGACAUGCAGCACAUUUGUCCAUGACAACUCAUUUUGAUAAUGCUAAUUUAUUUUUUAACCAUUAUUAAGUAUAUGAAUUGUUUAAACCGUUUAAAUUGUAUGAUUUGCUUCAAACAUUGAGCCGUUUAUUUGAGCCACUGGUUCUAUGAACCUUUUAUGAACAAACUGGCUAGUUUGAUCAUUUUAUGUCCGUUUAAAGGAGCUUCACUGAAAUAAAACUAAAAGAAAAAAAAUAAAACAAAGCUCAGAAACCAUAAAAACAGGGCAGCGUGUGCCAGAACAUCUGGACAACUGUGGGCAUGUUGAACACAGAACAUCCAUUCCCCCUGCUCCAUGAACUCAUAAGGUACUGCUUCUGACAAUACUAAAACAUUUCAACUGAUGUACUGUAUAUUCCACAAAAUGCUCGUUAUUUAUUUGUAUGUAUUUAUUUAUUUAUUUAUUUGGUUUGUGGUUUUGAAUGCAUAUUUAUGCAUACAUAUUAUACUAUAUGCUUCUGAGCCUUAUGUGAAGGCUGUAUUGUUACUCAGACUUAGCUAAAAUAUACUUCUCUGUCCUGA